UUAACGAGGCCAGGGCAUCAUGAUGACUUUUGUUUACAAGUGCUAAUUUUCAAAUUGGCACAUUGUAAUUGAUAUUUAGAGCAUAGAAAAUGUGUUUUCUCAAUCUUAUAGUACCAAAAUGCGUAUGUAGUAAAAGAGACAAUUUGAAUGUGCUUAGCUUCUCUACGAUGUAAUGUAAUUCAUUUAAAAAUAUAGAAGAAUCGUACAUGAUUAGGUUUGUUUGUUUUUUCUAAACAAAAUCAAAAAUUUCGGCUUUGAUUCCUUCUUAUUUGGAAUGAUUUCUAAAAUGCAUUUAAUAUCUAUUAAAUUUGUGCAAGACAAGGAAAAUUUUACGAUUUGAACUGCUAAUUAAUUGUACUGUUAGUAUAUUUUUAUGAAACAUUUUAAAAAAAUAUUUACAGUAGAAGCAUAACUGUUAUUAGAAGUUCCUGUGGAAGUAAAAUAAGAAGCUAUAGUGUGGCUUUUCUUGGCAUCUAGAUGGAAUGAAAAUGUGUGUUGGUUUUUCUUCUUACAGAAUAAGUAGAGACAGGCAUUUAUUUUUAUCAAAUAUAAAGCAAUUUCUAGAGGACAAUUAUCACUUUUAUAACUUCAGCACAUAUUUUUUUUGAAAAUUAAUUUGGAAAUGAGCAUUUGAAUGCUUAUUUCAAAGUCUAAAAGUUGUAGAAAUAUUCAUUCCUAAGAACUAAUCAUUCCUAGUGUGCAUGUUAAAGCCAUUGUUAGUCAUACAAAUUUCAGAAUUCCAUUUUGUAUGCCCAAAGAAAAGUGUGUGAAUAAUAUGUGAGAUAAUUUAAAUAAGCAUCAUCAGAUUCAUUCAAAUGGAAUGGCAUAGUCUUUGAUGUAUGCAAAAGAAAAUAUUCCUAGAAAUAUUUUAAAAAGGAUUCUCAUUCUUGCACAAAUGAGGAGCCAUAUUCAUGUGGCGUAUGUAACAGAAAAUAUUAUUUAAGGAAUUAUUUUCAUUCUGACAGGAAACUAAAGUCAGAUUUUUGUGCUAUAAAAGAUUUUUUUCAUAAAAUUCUUUUAAAUAUGUUUUGUCAAACUCAACCAACAGAAAAAAUGUAUUCUUGUGAUGUGUGCAAAAAAGAGUUUUCAAGAAAAGAUCAUUUACAAAGACAUUUUAGUACUCACAAUAAAGAAAAACCAUAUUCUUGUAGUGGAUGUGGAAAGCAAUUUUCUCGGAAAGAUACUUUGCACACACACAUUGUCACUAACACAAAAGACAAACUGUAUUCUUGUAAUAUGUGUAAAGAAGAGUUUUCUCAGCAAUGCAGUUUGAGUAUGCAUUAUCAAACUCACACAGAUGCAAAACCCUAUUCUUGUGAUUUAUGCAAAAGAGAAUUUUCUCAGAAAUCUUAUUUAAAGAGCCAUCUUUGUACUCGCCCAAUUGAAAAGCCAUUUUCUUGUGAUAUAUGCGGUAAAGUUUUUUCUGUGAAAUAUAAUUUAUAUAAGCAUUAUCGAACACAUUCAGAUGAAAAGCCAUUUUCUUGUGAUGUAUGUAAUAAAGCAUUCAGUCGAAAAUCAUAUUUAAAUGAUCAUUAUAGAACUCAUACAAAAGAAAAACCCUUUUCGUGUGAAGUAUGUAAUAAAAAAUUUUCUCACAAAUGUAAUUUAAUUCAGCAUUUUAGAACUCAUACAAAUGAAAAACCAUUUUUGUGUGAUAUAUGCAGUAAAGGAUUUUCUCAGAAAUGUCACUUAAUUGAUCAUGUGCGAAUUCAUACAAAUGAAAAGCCUUUUUCUUGUAAUGUAUGCAGUAAGUUAUUUGCUCGCAAAAGUCAUUUAAACCAACAUUAUCGAACUCAUACAAAUGAAAAACCUUUUUCUUGUGAUAUAUGUAAAAAAGAAUUUUCACAAAAAUUUUAUUUAAAUCAACAUGUCCGCAUUCACACGAAAGAAAAACCUUAUUCAUGUAAUGUGUGCUAUAAAGCCUUUACUCAGUUAUGCCAUUUACAGAAUCAUUUUCGUAUUCAUCUAAAAGAUGUACCUAUUUCUUCCCAUUCAUGAGACAAAGAAUUCUCUCAACAUCAAGCAGUUAGCUAUUCAGAUGUGCAGCUAUAAAUAUUCAACGAUUACAAUCAAAUCGGAUUUACAUUCUUUGAUGAAACUAAGUGCUACAGAGAUUUUGUUCAAAUUUCCCUAGAAUUAAGAAUGUAAGGGAAUGAUUCUUUAGAUGAACAUCACUAUUGCUAUUAAAAAAUGCUGCUAUAAUGUUUAAUUCUUGUUCAAGAUUGCAGUAAUAAUGUUUAAUUCUUGUUCAAGAUUGCAGUAAUAAUGUUUAAUUCUGUUCAAGAUUGCAGUAAUAAUGUUUAAUUCUUGUUGAAGAAUGCAGAGAUUAUCAUGCCUGUAUUUUCUUUCAUUUUCAUUUAAUAUAUGAUGUUGUAUUUCUCUAUUCCAAGGCAGUUUAAUUUCAUAAUAUUUGAAAUAUUGUCACUGUGCACUAUUUACAAAUGAAAGCCUUCUUAAAAUUCCUUGUCUUUAUGGAAUAUAGCAAUGAUAUUUUCCUGACUUUUCCUCUUGCAAUAUAACUGUAAUGAAUGUUUAAUGUUUCCAUUUUAUAGAUAUAGUUUGUGCUCUUCAUUGGAUGUUCUAAUUUUCUGACUAAUACAUUAUCUCAUGCGAAGGUGUUGGUGUAGCAUUCCUAUAUAUGUGUGUAGUAUUUUUAGUACAUCAAGAACAGAUAUAUACAAAUUGUCAUAAUUUUUUACUGCAUAAAUAUAUCAAAUAGCUUUAAAUAAAUUCAAAAUUAUGUUAUCCACAUAUAAAAAAAAUAGCUGUUUUGAUUUCCAUUCUAAAUCAGUAUUAUGAUUUGUAAGCAAUCGAAAAAGGUCAUAGGGUAAUAAAUAUUUAUUUCAACACUGUCAUAGAAAAAAAUAUAUAAGGAUUUCAAUAAAAUGUGUUAUUUUGUUUUUUAAA